GUUUCGUUCACAAAUUGUGUGCAAGUUUUAAAUGCAUUCACAAAUGUCAAUGUUUUCAAUGUCAAACUCUUCUCUGGAGUUACAAAAAGCUUCUUCCGCUUAUGACGUCACGCGUAGUUACACCAAGCCAAAAUAUUUUGUGAAAAAUGGGUUUGCUUGCGCUGCUGAGGAAGCUCAAGUCAAGCGGGGACAAGGAGCUUCGAAUACUGUUGCUUGGUCUAGACAAUGCUGGUAAAACCACGUUACUAAAGAGCUUGGCAUCGGAAGAUAUUAGUCAUAUUACUCCUACACAGGGUUUCAACAUUAAAACAGUGCAAUCAGCAGGGUUCCGUCUAAAUGUGUGGGACAUAGGUGGCCAGAGAAAAAUACGACCAUAUUGGAAGAACUACUUUGAAAACACUGAUGUUUUAAUAUAUGUAAUUGACAGCUCAGACAGAAAAAGAUUUGAAGAGACAGGAGAGGAACUGGGGGAGCUACUAGAAGAGCCUAAACUGAGUGGUGUUCCGUUACUGGUGUACGCAAACAAGCAGGACCUGCAGCAUUCUGCAAAGGCCUCCGAGGUAUCCGAGGGACUCAACCUGAACACGAUACGAGACCGCGUUUGGCAGAUCCAGGCGUGUAGCGCGCUCACCAACGAAGGGGUCCGGGAAGGAAUGGAUUGGGCUAUGAAAAACAUCUCCAGUAAAGGAAAGAAGAAAUGAUAACCAUUUAAUUGCCAUAGCAAAAUAUCAAGGAAAACUAGUAGCUUACAAUCCCAAAUCAAACAACAAAGGGACUAGCUUUUGGUGUUUUAGUUCAUUCUUGGAAGAAAAUAGUUGUUAACACUUUGGAACCGUAAAAUGAAUGAAAAGACUUGACCUUUUAACAUUAUCUGUAUAAGUGUUUCUUCAAGUGUCUUGCAGAAUUUGUAUUGUAUUGACAAUUACUCUAAAUGUUGACAUUUUGUUUGGAUAAAACUGGUAGAUUUUGUUUGUCUGAAGUUGUUGCUUCUAUAGAUAGGCUGUUACACAUGCAUUUGGUAUGAAUUGCAUUAUACAAGUAUUUAAUUAUUACUCAAAACUUAAAAAUUAUUGUGGAUAAAUUAUUGAACUACAAAAUUAAUACAUACAAACUCAGAAAGAUUAUAAAGUGAUCAAUAUUUUAAUUUAAUAAAUAUAUUUAAAUGCAUAUUUAAAUAUAUUUUUUGCUAGAAAAUUGACAAGGGACCUAUUUAUGAACUGAUUCUAAGACUGUCUAAAAAAAAUGCUCCCAUAACUGUAUAAUGUAUAAAUAAUUCUUAAAAUUAAGGUCUAGCAUGGCAAUAAACACAUAUAAUUGGACCUUUCUCUGUGAAAAGGGGUUUAAUGCAUGUGCGUAAAGUGUCAUCCCAGAUUAGCCUAUGAAUUCUGCACAGGGUAAUCAGGGACAACACUUUCAGCUUUUAUAAAAAAAAUUGCUUACAAAAAGUCUCUUCAUGGCAAAAAUCCAGUUUAGGCAGAAAGUGUCGUCCUUGAUUAGCCUGUGUGGACUGCACAGGCUAAUCUGGAACGACACUUUAGGCACAUGCAUUAAACCCCGUUUUCACAGAGCAAGGCUCAAUUAUAUAAUUCCUCAAAAGAACAAUAUGUUAAUGAUGUGAGCACCAUUUUUGGCCUGUAUAUAUGAGAAAACUGUGCAUAAUGCAUGUGAUUAAAGUGUCGUCCCAGAUUAGCCUGUGCAUUCCGCACAGGUUAAUCAGGGACGACACUUUUUGCCUAAACUAGAUUUUUGCGAAGAAGAGACUUUCUUUGAACAGAAAAUAUCAUAAAAGCGGAAAGAGUUGUCCAUGAUUAGCCUGUGCAGACUGCACAGGCUAAUCUGGGACGACACUUUACGCACAUGCAUUAUUCCCGGUGUUCACAAAACGUGACUCAUUCUUUAUUCAUAUUCUAUGAGUGGUGAAAACAGACCCAGAUCAGUUUAUAAUAUUUCCCAUUUUGCUUUUAAGUUAUUAUAUGUUGUCUUUCCUGUCAUUUUUUAGUGCAGGACAUUUUGUUCGUGUCAGCUAUUGAAGAGUUUAUCAAUGGUUGCUUGUCUGUUUUGGAUAUGAAUGUCUAAUGUCCAUGUGCUAUUUACGUUAAUGUAUUACUCUAUGUAAUUCGGAUUUACAAAAUGAUAAGCUUGAUUAAUUGGUGUUAAAUCAUUAAACUCUUAUUUCGAAAGUAAGUGAUGUGUAAUCAUUUAAUUGUAUAUUAGGACAAAAUCAAUGUGAUAAAAAAUAUUGUUAAUGGACAUAUUAUAAUUGUGAAAACUUUUCAAUGAAGUCAAAACAUGUAGAUUCAUGUACACAAUUAUAUUUCUGUCCUCUGACGGUAUUCAUUGACAUGAUUAUGACUGGGGCACAUUAUAAGUUUGAAUACUUCAAAUAUAACCAUACGUUGUUCAUUCAGAUUGUCAUUAUAUUCCCUCAAAAAAAUCAGUCUGUGUAUUUUUUGUUGUAAUUUUGAAUUCUUAUAAUAUACAAUGUCAUGUUUUUGAUCUGUUUUGAUCUGAUGGUUGGUUGAACUUGAAGGGUUUACUGUAAAACACAGUACUUUAUUGAGUACAAAGAUUGCUUACAAAUUAUCCGUCCUUUUACCAUAUACACAUAUCAAUGUCUAGUGAUAAUUGUAGCUAGUUCUCUUGCAUCUGAAUUAUUAGUAUUAAUUUUCUGUUAAGAGAUCUUUAAUCUAACAAUAAACGGUCAUAUUUACAUAUUUCAUAUAUUAGCUUUGUAUGAGAGAUGCAUGUUUUAUGAUGAAUUCUGUAAGAGAUUUAAAUGAGUAUGUGUGUAUACAUGUGCUUUUUUUGUAAAGUCCAAUGUACAUGUCUGAUUUGUAACAUUUUGAGAACUACAUUCUCUACAAAUAAUGGUUACAGUCUUUAUAAGUUUUGACAGUGACAUAAGUAAGAACAGUUUAAACAAGUAAAUAUUAAUUGAAGGCAGUAGGGUGAGACAGAAAGUUGUCAAAGCACACUAAUCAAUAUCAUUACAUGUUUGAACAUUAUUAAGCCUAGACACAAUGCACUUAUGUUGCAGAUGGUAUCAUCUUUUGACCCAUCUCACAAGUCUGUUUAACAAAUAUUUCUGUAAUACAGUUGAUUGCAUAAGCAAGAUUAUUAUUGCUUCUCUGUAAAUUUGAUAAAAUGAAUUGACGAUUAAAAAAAACACACCAAAUUAAUGUUUGAUGUGUCUUUCCUUUACUGUAAACCUGUUGUGCUUUGGUAUGCUAUAAAUGAUUAGUUGUAUUUAUGUUUUGUUUGUUAUCUCCUGCCAAAGGCGGAGGGAUAUAGAAUUGGGCGUUGUCCGUCCUACCUUUCGUCUGUCUGUCACACAAUUUUGAAAUUGGCAGGGGAUAUCAAUUCAACAAAUUUGCUUUUUUUCAUAUUAAAUUGAUGGUUAUUGUAUUGUAUUGUGCCAAUAUAUUUUUAUCAGGUGAAAUUUACCUUUAUAAAAAGCAAAAAUGAAGAUUAUGCUUGUAUUUACAUUUAAAUAUGACAUAUUUUCUAAAGCCAUACAAUUCUAAAAUUAUCUUUUUUUCCCUAAUAUAUCAAUAAAGAUUCAAUGAAUUGUAUCACGUUUCCUUUUCAACAAAACAAACAAAUGGUUGAUAGUGAAAAGACAAUCAUUGUUUUUAAAGUUUGAAAAUUGAUGGAUAUGACAGGAUUUUCCUUAAAAGUUUCACAAAUAAUGGAUCUGCUCUUAUCAAAAAGAGGUAAUUGCUUAUCCGGAAAUGUGCAUAGAAUACUUAUUUCAUACAAAAACGUGUUGAGCAUAAUUAGUUUUAUCAUGGAAAUCAACAAGAUACAAGAUAGGUUUGUUUUAAAAGCAUUUAAAUAUCAUAUCAUGCCUGGGUUGUUUUCAUCAUAACAGUGUUUAUAGUUUACAUUUUUUAUGCUUGUUUAAGGUCAUUAAUAUAUCUGAAAAUUACAUGUAUAGUGUUUUAUGUUUAAUUCAUAUAAAUUUGUGUGCAAGUGUUAGAAUACAAAUGUAGCAACUACAAGCUUUGUGUGUAUGUAGUCUUGUCUGAACAUUUUCAUCUGUGUAUUAUGAUCCUCAUAAACAAUUAAAAUGUAUCAUUAAUAUCUAAAAGAGUU